UAUAAAAGAAUUGAUUCUUUCAAAAAUUUGUGAUUCAAGUAUCAUGCCAGUAGUUGCUGAAUACUGCAAAAAUUUAACAACACUUGAUUUUGGAAUUUACAUAAAUAAAGAUGAUCGUUAUACUGAUCACUUUGGUGAAGCAUUCAAACAGUUGAAGCAAUUAAAAGUCGUUAAACUACAUAUAUCUGGAAAUAAAUUUCAAUGUCAAAUGCUGGAUAGUCUUCCAAACGAUAUAAAUGAAAUUCAUUUAUAUUUUAGACCUUAUGAAUCGACAAAAACGUUGUAUGUAAACCAAGGCUCACGUAUAGAGUUUCAUAUUUUAACUCAUUAUUUAUCACUAUCACUUUUCUCUUUGAGAAAAUUUACCAAUCUUCGAAGUUUGACAAUACGUUCUUGCGACAUCACCGGCAUUAUCAAAGAAAUAUCAAAAAAAACAACACUUGUUUAUCUUGAUCUGCAAAACUGUCAGACUAAUAAUGAGAUUUUUACAUUCAAUCAACUUUUAAAGUUGGAACAUCUAAACAUUCAAAAUGUGUCCUUCAAGGAUAGUCAAUCAGAAAAUAUUCCAAACCCAAUCAGUGGUAUUUUCAAUGCUUGCAAAAAUCUAAAACAUCUUGAUGCACCAGAUUUUGAUGUUGAUCUGGCUGAAAUUAAAAUGGAAAACUGGGUAAACUUGAGAAACUUGGUAUAUCUAAAUAUUCGCUGGCAAGCUAGUGAUCCAAUAAUCAAAAAAAUCAUCAAGUAUUGCAAUAAUUUAGAAUUCAUAAAGAUUGAUGAAUUAAAUAGUGAAUCUAUUAUAAAAUUAACAAAAUUAGAAAAUCUUAAUUAUUUAAAAUUUGCGAGCACAAAUAAUAUCAAUAAUGAAGUAAUGGUUGCAAUUUCAAAUAAUUGUAAAAAACUUAAACAUCUGGUAAUUCACGGGUCUAAUAUAGAGGAGGCAUCGAUUUUCGAUGAUUUAUCAAAAUUGCAAUAUAUUGAAAAUUUAAAUUUGGCAUUUUGUGACAAACUUGGAGAUAGUACUAUCAUUGCUAUUGCUGAAAAUUGUAAGCUCUUAAAAUGUUUGAAUAUUGAAAAAUGUUCCAUCACUUCAAGUGCUUAUAUGGCUUUAACGAGUUUAAAAAAUUUGAAAGAACUUAAUGUUGGAUCAAGCGAUAAUGUUGAAGACAAUUUUAUUGUCAAAUUAAGAGGAAUAAAAAAAUUAAAUUGUUCUGAAUGCAACAAUCUUACUGAUGCUGGUGUCAUUCAAUUUAUAAAAAAUAAUUCAGAUCUUGAAUUUCUUGAUAUCAGCUUUAUCCCAAAAAUUACAAUCAUCACGAUUAUUGCUGCAGAUGAGGUAUCUAAAAAUCGUACAAAUGAUACUUUCUUAUUUAUAAGAGCUCCUUUUUUAGAUCUUGCAGAAGCUUGCAUUAAACCUCAAUGGUUAAUUUGUUAUUAGAUUGCAAUUGAAGUAUCUUUUUCCUCAGCAGGUACAUCUUGUAUUUUUACUACAUUUCUACAUAAGAAUAUCAUAUUUAAAAUAAUAAAAAUUAAA